AUGGCGCUGGCACUCUCCUCUGGCCGCCAGCCUGAUCUGGCGCUCGUGGUAUGUUUUUCCAGCUCUGGGAUUGCGGGAACAUCAACGAAUGCUAACAUUUGCGCCCUUCAGUCCGAUGAUGACUACCCCUACGAGCAAGACAUCCAACGAAACCCCGGCAGCACCAAGCCAUGGCUCGCCUACAUUGACUACAAGAUUCAACAUGGGACACUUCGCGAGCAAGCCUACGUCAUGGAGAGGGCAUGUAUCCAAUUGCCGCGCUCCUAUAAGCUGUGGAAAAUGUAUUUACGAUUCCGAACGAAGCACGUCGCAAAGCUCAAUGCCGCCAUCUUCACCUCCGAAUACCAAAAGGUCAAUGCGCUCUUUGAGCGGGCGCUGAUCCUCCUCAACAAAAUGCCGCGCAUCUGGGAGAUGUACCUCAAGUUCCUCAUGCAGCAGCCCCUCGUCACCCUCACACGACACACCUUCGACCGCGCACUCCGAGCACUUCCGAUUACACAACACAACAGGAUAUGGGCCUUGUACCGACCGUUCGCCAACUCGGCCGAGGGUUUGACGGCUGUCAAGAUCUGGAGGCGCUACACACAGGUCCACCCGGAGGAUGCCGAAGACUUUAUCGAACUUUUGAUUCAGAGCGAGCUGUACACCGAGGCAGUCAAGAGGUACAUCGACAUUCUCAACAACCCACGAUUCCAGAGCAAGAACGGGAAGGGUCACUACGAGCUUUGGAGCGAGAUGGUGGAUCUGUUGGUGGAGCACGCUGUCGACAUUGAAACGGGACACGAAACAGGCAUUGACGUGGAACGGAUCAUUCGGAGCGGAAUCGAACGGUUCGCGGACCAGCGCGGGAAACUGUGGUGCGGCCUGGCAACCUACUGGAUUCGAAGGGGCAGCUUUGAGAGGGCAAGAGAUGUUUUUGAGGAGGGCAUCACAACAGUUAUGACGGUCCGGGACUUUACGCUCAUUUUUGACUCGUACACUGAGUUUGAGGAGUCUGUCAUUGGGGCACUGAUGGAGAUGGCCUCGGGACGGGCGGAAAAAGGCGUGGUGGAUGAGGUGGCUGAUUUUGAUCUGGAUAUCAGGAUGAUGCGGUUUGAGCAUCUGAUGGACCGACGACCGUUCCUCCUGAACGAUGUGUUACUACGACAGAACCCGAACAAUGUCACCGAGUGGGAGAAGAGAGUUGCUCUGUGGGGAGACAACAAGCAGGAGGUUGUACAGACUUAUACGGAUGCUAUCGCUGCUAUUCAGCCAAAGAAGGCUGUUGGCGCGUUCCAUCAGUUGUGGGCUAACUAUGCCAAAUUCUACGAAAACGGAGGGGAUAUCCGGAGCGCGAGGACUAUCAUGGAAAAGGCGGUCAAGGUGCCCUUCAAGUCGGUAGCUGAGCUGGCCGACAUGUGGAUCGAGUGGGCAGAGAUGGAACUCCGCAACGAGAACUUUGACGAUGCCGUCCGGAUCAUGGCCAAAGCUGUCCAAGCCCCGAAGAGAUCCAAUGUCGACUACUUUGACGAGACAUUAUCUCCCCAACAGCGAGUACACAAGAGCUGGAAGCUGUGGUCGUUCUACGUCGACCUUGUCGAGAGUGUCAGCACCCUGGAGGAAACCAAGAAGAUUUACGAAAGAAUAUUCGAGCUCCGCAUCGCCACCCCCCAGACUGUGGUCAACUACGCCAACCUACUCGAGGAACACAAGUACUUUGAAGAGUCAUUCAAGAUCUACGAGCGCGGCCUUGAUCUCUUCUCUUACCCCGUAGCCUUUGAGCUAUGGAACCUCUACCUAACCAAGGCCGUUGACCGCAAGAUCAGCAUCGAGCGUCUGAGAGAUCUCUUUGAACAAGCCGUUGAAGACUGCCCGGCCAAGUUCGCCAAGGUGAUCUACCUCAUGUACGGCAACCUGGAAGAGGAGCGCGGUCUAGCCCGGCACGCGAUGCGCAUUUAUGAGCGGGCAACGCGUGCCGUGUCGGACGAGGACAGGGCGGACAUGUUUAAUUUCUAUAUUACCAAGUCGGCCUCUAAUUUUGGUCUCCCAUCCACGCGCCCUAUUUACGAGCGCGCCAUCGCCACCCUCCCCGACAACGAAGCAAAGGACAUGUGCCUCAAAUUCGCGGACAUGGAAAAACGUCUUGGGGAAAUCGACCGGGCAAGGGCCAUCUACGGCCAUGGAUCCCAGUUUUGCGAUCCCAGGACAAACCCGGGGUUUUGGCAAAAAUGGGAGCAGUUUGAGGUGCAGCAUGGCAAUGAGGACACGUUCAAGGAGAUGCUGCGGAUCAAGCGGUCGGUGCAGGCGCAGUACAACACCGAUGUCAACUUUAUUGCCUCGCAGGCCCUGGCGAGAGCACAGCAGGCCAAGAACGGCGAAGGAGGAGGAGAGGUUGAUCAGGAGGUGGCGGACGCGAUGGAGCAGCUGGAACGGCAGGCUCGUGCCCCGGCGGGAUUUGUUGCGGCGAACGAGGGGAUCAAGGGGAGUGUGGUUGCUCCCAAGGUGGUCGAGGUGGCAAACCCGGAUGCUAUCGAGCUUGAUGAUAUGGAAUGA